GUGAAUGGAGGGCGGGAGAGGCGCCUCGUCCUUCGGCACUGGGCCGCCUCUCUCGGCCCGAGGCUCGCCUGACGUCACCGAGGGGCGUCCUGUCAAGGUAUAAUAAGGCGGCGCGUCUCUCUUGGUCAUCACUUGGGAUCUUCAGCCGCCCUCAACAUGACGCUCAAGGUUGUCCUGGUGUCCGCCCUCGUGGCCGCCACCCUUGCUCGCCCCGACACACCCAGGCCCUCCUACAACGCUCCUGCUCCCUCUUACAACGCUCCCGUCCCCUCCUAUAACGCUCCUGCCCCAUCCUACAGCGCCCCCGCCCCCGAGGCGCCGCCCAAGUACGACUACAACUACGCCGUCAAGGACGAGUACUCCGGCAACGACUUCGGUGCCCAGGAGGCGCGCGACGGCUACGACACCCAAGGAUCCUACUACGUGCAGCUGCCCGACGGCCGCCUGCAGAAGGUCACCUACACCGUCAACGGCGACUCAGGCUUCGUGGCCGACGUGAUCUACGAGGGCGAGGCCCAGUACCCCCAGGAGAGCUACGCCCCCGCCCCAAAGCCCUCCUACGGCCCCGCUCCAGCGCCUUCUUACAAGCCAGCUCCAGCCCCGCCAGCUUACCAGUGACCACUCCAAAAUAAGCUAUUACAGGGUUAAUCUUCAAUAAUUGUUGCCACAAAUGUUUCCUACACGAAUAAAACUAUAUGAUUUGUA